AUGGCUACAACGCCCCGGGAAGAUGUUCUCACAAUUGCUGAGCUAAAGGAGGCAGCAACAGCCAAGUUGAGCGAUACAACACGAGGAUAUUUCAAUGGCGGGGCCAUGGAGAUGAAGACCCUGCGGGAGAAUGAAACGGCGUAUGACAAGUUCAAGAUCCGCCAGCGAAUCCUCGUUGACGUCGCGUCAGUCAACACGACCACGCGGAUAUUCGGAUCCGAGGUGUCUCUGCCUCUCGCCUUUGCGCCCUCUGCCAUGCACGGCCUGGCCCAUCCCGUUGCCGAGAGAGGAACGUCGAGGGCGGCUGCUUGCAAGAAUAUCCCCAUGGGGCUGUCCACAUAUUCAACCACUUCUCUGGAAGAUGUAAUCAAGGAGCGAGGAGACGCAACGAACCCUUACGUCUUCCAGCUCAGCAUCACAAAGGAUCGGUCGAUUCCUUUGGGAUUGAUUAAGCGGGCUGAAGGCAGGUCGUCUGUGCACAGGCACUCUACUGACGAAUUGACAGAUGCUGGCUAUAAAGCCCUGGUUUUGACGGUAGACGCUCCGGUCCUCGGGAGGCGCUUGGGUGAGCUCCGAAACAAGGUCACCCUGCCGGAUUCCAUGUGCUUGCCCAAUUUGGGCGGUCUUCGAACCAUUGCCAACCCUGGCAGAGACGCGAGCAACUCGUGGGCUUCCGUUGUACCAUGGGUCAGAUCCCACACCAAGCUAGACAUCUGGCUAAAAGGAAUCUACUGCGCAGAGGAUGUCCUGCUGGCUAUCCGGUACGGCAUCGACGGCGUCAUUGUAUCCAACCACGGCGGCAGGCAGUUAGAUGGGGCAGCCGCCACGAUUGACGUUCUCCCCGAGUGCGCCGCAGCCGCUAAGGGGAGGAUCAAGAUUGGCAUCGACGGAGGCAUCCGCCGUGGGUCGGACAUCUUCAAGGCCCUGGCCCUCGGCGCUGACUGCUGCUUUAUCGGCCGCAUCCCGAUCUGGGGACUCGCAUACGACGGUGAAGAGGGCGUGAAGCUGGCGGUCGAUAUUCUUGAGCAGGAGUUCCGGACAACAAUGGCCCUCGCGGGAUGUUCGUCGAUUAAGGAAAUAUCGAGGCAUCAUCUCUCUGUCUUGGGGCCAAGUGGGCUCUUAUCUAGGCUCUGA